AGCCACAGAGGAUUUGGUCUUUGAAUACACCCUGAACAGUUAGUUAGCGUCAUCUCAAAGAGAAACAUGCACGUACAAUGUGGUCGUUAAAUAUAGUUUCGAGAUUCUGAUCUGUGAAAAUGAGUUGGACGUUCUCCAUCUGGGUGGCGGCGGCUCUGAUGGCUCUUUGUAGGGGACAAAACAUUGGCUAUGAAGGAAAUAGUCUGUCUCCAUCUGGCUACCAUCUUUGUAUUCACAACGAGACAAGGAUUGUGAGUUACCUGGUGAUGCACAAGGCUCCAUAUACUGUGACAAACAACUGUGGCGGCUGGCUCCUAUGGAAGACAUGUCAAGUGACUGUCUACAAGAUGGUUUCUCAGACAGAACACAAGACAGUGACGGAGCUGGUCACCAAGUGCUGCGAUGGCUACGUACAAGUCGGUCGUUACUGCGCCCUGUCUGUAAACAGGACUGGAGAGCUCAUCGCCAAGCCAGGCUCAUGUCCAACUGCAGAUGGACUUUGUCCCGUAUCAGAGGACUGUGAGUGGGACAUGGACUGCCCAGGCUGGCAGAAAUGCUGCCAGAGACUGGGUCGCUCUCUUUGCAUUCAACCUUCAAGCUCAGCUAAUUAUUCUGUGAAUGGAGGAUACCGAUGGAAUGCGACAGUGACGGUGAAGACAGAUCACCAGCAACUGUUGUCCGAGGAUGAAGGACUUCUGAAUCACACACGAUUACUACAUGCAAUGAUGACUGGAGCUUUGCAGCCUGAUGAGGUUUCAGUCCAUUACCUCAGCUCGUGGCCUGUGCAUCCAUACAGGACUGCAACGUCACUGCUGAUCGUCUGCAACUCCACUCUGACACUGCACAUUGUCACAUCAAAGCUGCAUCUGCUCCUGAAACACAUACAAGAGGUGACAUCUGUAACCGUGGAAGACGUGGAUGAGUGUGUGCAGUCUGCUCUCCAUCAGUGCUCCCCUCAAGCACAGUGUAACAACACAGUGGGAUCCUACCAGUGUACCUGUCAUCAAGGAUACAUUGAUGUUGAGCCUAGCAACCCUGGAGCCCAUUGUACAGGUGAAACGGAGUGUGUGUGUGUGUGUGUGAUAACCUUGCUUCCUCCUGCAGUCCAGUUAAAUGAAUUGGAGAAUGAUUCUGAUGAUGGCGUGUGGACCAGCACAGAGACCCCGCUGACCCACCUUCCACCCAUGACCACAGCCUACACUCCAGCCCCCAACACCACACAGGAGCCUGCAGACAGCAGCACCACUGUUACCUACAACUCCUCUGAGAUCAGCAUGACUACAGCUCUGAGUAAUACAAGCUCUGUCCCUUAUAAUUCAUCACAUGCUCUGCAGUGGACGAGCUCUGCGCCUUACACCAGCAUGAGCUCACCUGAGGAGUUACGUCUUCCGACAACCACAUGCUCUCCUCCCAGCAUCACCACCUUAAUGUCGUUUAACGUUACCGGAACCUCCCUCUGCGUGUACUGGUCCAGCCAGUUUCAGACAAACCAGACCUACCGGGUUGUUCUGAGGAAAGGGUCAGAGGUCAUUCACCCUUUGGAAACUCAUCAGACCAUGAUGGAGGUGAGGGGACUGCAGCCUGGGGGGCUCUACAACGUCACUGUCACACCUAGUGCCUGCGGGAGAGAAGGGGUCACCCAACAUGUAUUGGUCAAGACAGAUGUUCAGACUCUUGACGUCACAACUCGACUCACCAACAUCAACUUCACUGCUGACCUGCACAACUCCAGCAGCCAGGCCUACAAAAACCUCACUGCCAGUAUCAUAGAGGAGAUCUACCAGUCUCUGUCUCCGGAAAUGAAGCUCUUGGUGAGGAUUGAGAUCAGGAGCUUUUCAGCGGGCAGUGUGGUGGUCAACUUCACCCUCACCCUCAUCCUCACCCCAAGCCAAAGCCAAGACAUCAGUAAUGUGUCCCUGGCUCUGCUGAACUCCCUGAUGAACAGCUCCAGAUACACUGUGGAUAGAAACAGCACAAGCAUAACUGAUUUUAAUGAAUGUGAAUCAGGGGAAAACGACUGUUCCCAAUGGGCUACAUGUACAAACACCUUGGGCUCUUACACAUGUGUUUGCACGGACACGUUUACAGACGACAACCCAGAAAGGCCUGGGCGAGCCUGUCAAGCAAAUGCUUCCUCGGAGACAAUCACACCAUCACCAAUACCUGCAAUAUUCUCUACAGCUGGCACAACCCCUCUAUCUCUAAUGACGGCCUCAACCAGUGAUCCAGCUUUAACCACAGUGACAACCACUCCAGAGAUAACCACUGUCAUUAUAACAACGAGUGAAAUGGUUUCUACUACAGCCACACCCACCACAGCGGGUUCAACCACUUCUACGGUCAUAACUGUCGCCACUCUAGCUACCACUACUCCUGCAAUGACAACCACUACUAACCCCCCAACAACAACCAUGGCAACAGCUUCAACAACCAUGACUACGGCCCCAACAACCACCACUACUGCUCCAGUAUCUAUGGCUACAGCUGCAACAACCACAAAUAGUGCCCCAAUAACCAUGACUACUGCCCCAAUAACCAUGACCACUGCCCCAAUAACCAUGACUACUGCCCCAACAACCACUACUACUGCCACAACAACAACCACUACUGCCCCAACAGCUAGGGCUACAGCUGCAACAACCACAAAUACUGCCCCAACAACCACUACUACUGCCACAACAACCAUCACUACAAACCCAACAACCACAAAUAGUGCCCCAAUCCCUACUGCCCCAAUAACCAUCCCUACUGCCCCAAUAACCAUCCCUACUGCCCCAGUAACCAUCACUACUGCCCCAAUAACCAUCACUACUGCCCCAAUAACCAUCCCUACUUCCCCAAUAACCAUCACUACUGCCCCAACAACCAUAGCUACGACCCCAACAACCAUGACUACUGCCCCAAUAACCAUGACUACUGCUCCAACAACCAUAGCUACGACCCCAACAACCAUGACUACAGCAAAAACAAACAUGACUACACCCCCAACAAACACCAAUACUACAAUGACAUCCCUAACUUCUACUCCUGCACCCACUGUUACCAACACAACUGCUGCUGCUGCUACAACCACUGCUUUGGCCCAGACAACCCGCUCUGUGAAAGGGGCCAUCUCAGUGCAGUGCAGGGUCACGUCCAUCACUGUAACAGUUGCCAGAGAAUUUCUUCUGAACACCAAAAUCAGAGAAAGCGCCCUGUACUUGGGCUUGCUGGAAUGUGGCGUCAACGAAAGCAAUGCUACCCAUGCCCAGCUGACCGUGGCCUGGAAUGAGUGCGACACUAUACUUACACAUAAUGAAACCUACUACACAGCAUCUGUGACCCUGUUCAACACCAUGGAUCCAUACAUCUCACCCAGUGGAACUGUGGAGGUACCCAGAGUUCGGCUGGAGGUUCCCAUCAUGUGUCCCUACAUGAAGAACAUGCUUAUCUCUGCUGACUUUGGCUCUAUGGGGUAUGAAAUUAUCAAAGAUGUCAUCAUGGGCCUGGGGUCGUUCCAUGUGACGGUGCAGCUGAUGAAUGGGACAGUCCCUCUGCCCCACAACUACAGCUUGUCGUCUGAGGACGUAGUGGUGGUGGAGGUCAGCCUGAACACCUCCUCAGAGCAGAUUAAAGUAGUCAUCAACAAGUGCUGGGCUACUCCCACCCUGAAUCCUGCAGAUACCCAAAGCUACACCUUUGUUCUGGACAGCUGCUCCUUUAACACGUACACCGACGUGUUGAUGAACGGGAACCACAGCACAUCUCGAGUGUCUGUGCAGAUUUUCUCCUUCGUCAACCUGAAUGUGAUCUAUCUGCACUGCCAAGUCUACAUCUGUGUCCAGAUUGGAUCAGACACCUGUGUGCCUGACUGUCUGCAGAGAACCACUCGAUCUAUGAACAGACUGGGAACAGCUUACGGUUCCUCUGGACCUAUACAAAGACUUUUUGAUUACAACUUGGAGCAGGAGUAUGACAGUGCUACUAUAAUCGGCUUCUCCUGUCUGGGAGUCGGUCUGUCGCUCUUCUUCAUCGGUGCCUUCGUCUGCCUUUUCUACUACCAGAGGAACCGCAUCGGACACUACAACUUCAGUGUCAAACCCAAGCAGGAGAACUUCACCUACCUUGUCUUCAACACCUAAGGGUGCAGCAGC